AUCAUUUCCGACCCUCUACCGCGACUACAUCGCUUCAUCAAGUUCAUCAACUCAGGCAACACAGACAUUGGCAAAGAAGUCACAUCAGAUCCGGCUAUCUUCCAUGUACCAUUCGGUUCUGAACCCCUCAAAGGUUUAGACGGCUAUCUCAGAAUUCUUGGGAUGAUGCGUGGCGCAUUCCCAGAUAUCAACUGGACACUACAAGAAACUGUAUGCGAAGGUGAUAAGAUAGAUGCACAUUUGGAAACCCGGGGCACGCACCAGGGUCCUCUCAUGGGUAGCUCCGCAUCUGGAAAGGAGAUAUGUAUGAAUGCUCUCAACAUCUACCGUUUUGAAAAUGGUAAGAUCGUGGAGGAGAGGGGAUAG